CGAGCGAACUCCGCGGGGCCUGCGAGUUCGGGGUUCGUGUAGGGAGAGAGUGGGGGGGGGGCGGUGAUGGGCAACGUGGUGACCGUGAGAGACGUGAGAGAGAUGGACGACGAGGGAGACGUGCGGGGCCCGUGGAGCGUGGGAGACGCGCGCGGGGUGGACGCAGUGAGGGAUAGGGGGAGCGCGGGAGACGGGGAGAGCGUGAGGGGCGUGAAGGGAGUGCGAGACGUGAGGGGUGCGAGCGACGGAGGGAGCGCGAGAGCCGGGGAGGGCGCGGGGCACGGGGAGAGCAAAGUGGUGAGCGUGAGAGACGUGGAACGCGUGAGGGAGAGGUUGGAGAGCGUGAGACGCGGCUUGAACCUCAGAGACGGCUUGAACCUCAGAGACGCGGAGAGCGUGAGGCACGGCUUGAACGUCAGAGACGACUUGAGCCUCAGAGACGGGAUCGACUCCAGAGACGCGGAGUCAGUGGUUAAGAACGCAGAACGCGGGAGACGCGGCUCUAACGUUCGAGACGGAAUUAACUUCAGACGCGCGAGCAGCGUGAGACGCGGCUCUAACGUCCGAGACGGGAUGAACAACUUAAGAGGCGUGUUCAACGUCAGAGACUUGAAGAGCGCGAGACGCAGCUCGAACGUUCGAGACGGGUUGAACAACGCAAGACACGGGGUGGACGUUCGAGACGGGGUUAACUUUAAAGAAGGGGUGGACGUUAGAGACAAGGUGAACAACGGGGAGCUCGAUCGGCUCGACCGAGUGAGCGACCUCCAGGCCGUGCUGAGCCUCCUGCUGCGUAUGGUCGUCUACGCGGUCUCUGUGCUGCUGCUCAGCAAGGAUGACGCGGCGAUAGGGGAGCCGCGGGGGAGCGGCUGUGGACCGGGGGAGGAGGGGGAGGGGGGCGAGGGGUCCCCCCCUUCAUCAACCUCCUCGUCCGCAUCAUCAUGGGUGAAAGGAGUGGAGAACGGGGCCGGCUCCUCCAUCGCGGGGGGGGCUGUCCCCUCCCCGCCUCAGGGACUCUCGGCGCGGCCCCCCGGCCCGAACGGGGGGCCGCUGCUGCAGGGCGCGGCGGGGGGCGCCCGCCAGGGCCCUGCCGCGCCCCCCGCGGCGGAGGGAGAAUCCCUCCAGUUCGAAGAGAUCAGCGCCGCCGCCUUCAUGAUCCAGAACGCGGUGCAGCGGACUCCGUGCAUGUACUCGCGCCUCUCCAAGUACUACGGAUCAGAGAUCUUCGUCAAGAAGGAGUUCCUCCAUGCGACUGGCAGCGCCAAGGAGCGUGGGGUGCGCUACUGCCUGCAGAUGAUGACCAAGGAUCAGCGCGCGCGCGGGGUGGUCGCUGUGGGCGCGUGGAGUUCGGCGCACGCGCUCGCCGUGUCGCACCACGCGGCCGAGAUGCGCGUGCCCGCGCGCGUGCUCGUGGCGGCGCGCGCCCCCGAGGCGCUGCUGCGCGCGUGCCGGGACCUGGGCGCGAACGCGGGGAGGGCGCGGGUGGGCAGCGGCGAAGGCGGGGGAGGGGAGGGAGCGCGGGGGGCGAGGGCGCACGCGCUGCAGGUGGCGCGCGAGGAAGGGAGCGCGCUGCUGGAGGAUGACGACCACCCCAACAUGAUCGCGGGGAUGGGGACCCUGGGGCUGGAGGUGAUGGAGCAGGUCCCGGGGGUCGAGGCGGUCAUCAUCCCGGCCGGGGGCAGGGGCAGCCUCCUGGCGGGGGCAGCAGCGGCCAUAAAGCAUCUCGACCCGGCCGUCACCAUCGUCGGUGUUGAGCUGGCCAGCUGUCCCAGCUGGCAGCGCGCACUCACUAUGGGCCAGCCGACACAGAGCGACAGUGGCAAAGAGAACCGACUGUGCGAGGACCUCAGCUCACAGUCCGUGGGACCGAACGCCUUCGCGACGGGGCGUCAUGUGAUCGACAAGGUGGUGUCGAUCACGGAGCAGGACCUGCUGCUCGCCAUGCUCAAGGUGCUGGAGUUCGAGGGCGCCGCCGUGAACGCGGACGGCGCCGCCGCGCUCGCUGCCAUCGUCUCGGGGAAGCUGCCCGAGCUGCGUGGCAAGCGCGUGGUGGUCGUCCUGGUGAGCGGCAGCAUCGACGUCUCCCACUUCAAGCGCUGCGUGGACCGCGCGCUGGUGCUGGACGGGCGACUCUGCAAGUUCUCGGUGCGCGUGAGCGACUCUCCCGCGGAGCAGGGCAGACUGCUGGAGCUGCUGGGCAGGGAGGAGGCGAGGUUGAUGGACAUCAGUCUAGACCGCACCUUCCUCACCACCGACUCGUUCAGCGUGCAGGUGACCUGCGUGGUGGAGACGCGGGACCACGUGCACGCGGCGCAGCUCAAGGGGGUCCUGGCGGAGAAGUAUGCGGCGCUCACCUGGCACGACAAAUAGGCUCGCAACUCCGCAAGGCGGGGAGACUCCAACCCCCGUGACCCGCGCAGAGCCUUGCCGAGGGGCUCUGGGUCCACCUGCAUUGGAGUGGCCAGCGCUGUGUGUCCUGUAACGCACUGCACCAGCAGCAGUACCGGCAGCACCGCCACCAACAGACACAGACCCCCCCCCCCCCCCCCCACGGUGGCUCUGUAGACUCAUGGGGAAAGCGAUGUUUGCGAGCGCCUGCUAAGGCUGGGUGAUGUGGCCGAAAUCACGUCCGCGCCCCCCCUGCCCGCCUCUCCCCCCUUGACCUCCCCGUGCUGCUGUUUAGGCACCGCAGUAGGGACUGGUGUCUCCGAGUCCAACACGACAACUGUCACCAUUAUCACCAUGACCAUUACCAAAGACAAAGAUCCCCUGUGUAGCCUUAACAGACUGUAGGGGCAAGUG